AUGAGCUUGACAAGGCUUUACGACAGUGAGACGUUCGGUGCUGAGCUCGUGGAAAAAGAAAAAUUAACGCCGUAUGGCACUAAGUUAGCCAAGGUGUUCAUGUCCAUCUUUGAAAUGAUGCAUGAAGACCUGAGCUAUUUAAAGAACCAAUGCAUCUCCAAAUGGCACAACCGUAGAAUAUAUUCAGGCAGCAGUAUGGGCACGUUCUUAAGCAAUUGCGGUUACACUGUAUCUAAUCACGAUUCCCACCAGAACGGGGAGCUGCGUAACAAGGCAGAAUGCGACGGUAAGCACAUAUAUAGUACACUUGUCGGAGGAUUCAGUCACGUUUACAAUUCUCGUGAAGAUACGAAAAACGCGUUUCAAAACUUAUACGAUCACAUUCCCACCUAUUACCGUGUGUGUCAACUACCCACUUUCUCCUCAACUCGCCGCCCAUGUUCCAUAUAUGAAAUGCUCCGUUGGCUUAGCGGCUUGCCAUACAACGCUGUAUAUCUCGACCUCAUGUCGGAUGAUUUCGCCGACCUAUUCGACAAGCCAAAAGAGGCAAAAACGGAGAGCAUUAGUUUAGACGGCAUCUCUCUAGAAGAUCAAACUCCAAAUACCUUGAAUGCCUAUCCACAGAAAAUUAAGCGCAGUGAUUUACAUGAUGCAAUAACGCAUAUUACGUCCCUUGCUCCCACAGUGCUCACAACUGUUGUUGGCUACGGAGAUGCGUACUCAAUGUACGCAGUUGACUACUACUGCAACGCACCUUCUUUCGUUUACCCAUCAUCAGCUGCGGAUUGUCUGACCAUGUUGAUCGAAUUACUUCGUCGAUUAUUACCUGUAUUCAGAUUCUUGCAUAACCGUUGUAGAAACAUGGCGUCCGAGUACGGUUGGUAUCAGUGCCGCUACGGCACAACUAUCGACUCUUCCAACUGGCACUGCAGUGAUCACUCCAAAACCAAAGUUGAUUGUCAACCUACGUCUCCGUUGAUGUCGUACCUAAAAGACAGUCUUCCUGGUCAUUUACCGCAUCAUGUUACCAAUGUUGACUGCAAAUCAUCCUGUUCAACGUGCCCUAAAAACCUGCCUGGGCAGCCGUGUUUAACACCGCUUGGAUUCAGAGGUUUCUCGGGAUCCACGAAAACAGGGAAAGACAUAUGUAACGUGCUGACCAAAUUCUUUGCCAACGCCCAUCUUACAACGCUACUCUGCGUCAUACCCAAACCGCCAUCCACAUUGCCGGAACACUUUGAAUUCACGUUAUCCCUCACGAAGGGUUGGCAUAGCAAAAUAGUUCCUUUGCCUCUGACGUGGGUGAAAGAGUGCAUUAAAGAACAAUCGAUUGCCCUGUAUAACGACACCGCACAACUCACCAACGCGCUGAGUAACGCCUACAAUAGCAAUCAUGGUGGUAACGGCGAAAGGCACCCUGCGGCUGAACGUGCUGACCUAUCAAGCCUCUCGAUGACGAAGUCAUGUUUAUAUUCUAAUGCGGAUAACAUUCAAUGUUCCCCCUACUUAUAUGCCUUAUGCAGCGAUACUUAUCAUCUACUUGCCAAGAAACAUUGCAACCUAUAUCUCUCAUGGGCGGUAUACCUACCAUGGACAUUCUAUGGCUACCUUCAAGCCCUAUGCCAAUCCUUCGGCAACAUUUCUUGCCAAGACUGGGGCUGCAGCAGAUGCGGUAACGGCACCAAAUGUAAGAAGGGAAAGCACGGCAUCGAUAACUGCAAGUGUAAAGGUAUCCUAGAAUGCCGCGGCGUACUAAGCACAUUCUACAGCUACGGUUUCACAUAUGGAAAUCCUGAAGUACUGUUAAACAAAGAAGGUAAACGUUACUGCCACAACUUCUAUCAACAACUAAAAAAUCUUUUAAAUUCCAAGUGCUUCACAGACCUAUUCAGAGAGUGCGACAAAUUCAUAUUCACUAUCCGCGCACCGUUCCUGUGGAUGACCGUCGCACUCUGGUCACUAUCACUCUUCUACCUCAUCUGCGUAAUGGUUGGCAGACUGGAUGUGCUCCACAUACGCUCACACCUGAGAUCACCAUCAUCGCACAAGAUUACAGCGCAAUCGCUGUUGGCUGCAGCGCAGGUCGGAAGGCUUGCCAAGAUAUCGUAUCUACAACCGUGA